UCACAGGUGAUUAGUCUCAGGUGUGUUUCUGCUGACAGCCACAUUCUCAUGUUAUCAGACGAGAAGUUUACACCACAAUGCUUUUUGUUCUUGUCUUCUUUGCCGUUUCUCUUCUGGAAACAAUGAUGUGCUACACUUACCGAACCAAGCCGCUCUUUCUGUCUUUCUCUGAGUUGGCCGCGCUCGAGGAGAACUCUUUGAAACGGACACACUCUCCCUCGGCCGAUCAGAGGCUGAAGAAGACCUUUGUUUUGAAAUGUCACGAGGACAGCAUCGAGGUCACGAUGAAAGCUCGCCUGUUCCACCCGGCGCUGCCUGUGGAGCCCGAGCACUUCAGACUUGGACCCGUUGGUGCUUCUGUGCAACGUCACUGCACAGCGAAAGUGUCGGGGAACGGGGAUUACAUCAUCAGAGCGCCGCUGACUGAUUGUGGGAGUGAAGUGAUGCUUACCCAGAGUGCCUUGCUGUACAGAAACCUGCUGCUGUACUGGCCUCCAUCAUCACCUGGAGACUGGCAGAAACGAGGAGCUGCUGUUUCAGUCCAUUGUGAAUACAGAAGGAGGUACACGGUGAGCAGCAGGGCCCCGAAACCAACGUGGAGCCCCCUGAUCUCCAUCCAGUCCGAGCUCCUGGACCUGGACUUUCAGCUUCGGCUCAUGACAGAUGAUUGGAGCGGUGGGAGAAGGUCGCCUGUGUACUUCCUGGGUGAAACGGUCAACAUCGAGGCGUCUGUAGAUCAUCCUCAUCAUCCUCUUCGUCUGUUUGUAAACGGCUGUGCGGCUGCUUUAUCCUCUGAGGUGAACUCUUACCCCAGAUACGCCUUCAUAGACCACCAGGGAUGUUUUACAGACUCACAGCUGCACAACUCAAGCUCCCGUUUCCUGCCCAGAGUCCAAGACGAAGUCCUCCAAAUUCAACUCCAAACGUUCCUCUUCCACCAGGACCACAGACACACUAUUUAUAUAACCUGUCAUCUGGAAGCAGAGCCCAUUUCAAACAAAGAUCAAAUAAAGAAGGCGUGUUCUUUUAUUAACGGGAGAUGGAGGUCGGUGGACGGUGAUGACCGUGUUUGUGAGAGCUGCGGCAGCAGUACCACGUUUAACCACAAGGGGGCGCCGAGGAGCCAAACACAGCUCAGACCGACUGAGCUGCAAAAGGAAACCAGUUUGGGUCCAGUCAUGUUUUUGACUAAAAAUCUUCUUUGAUGAAAUUUAGUGAAAUAAAAUGAUCUCCAAACACC